AUGACAACCUGCCGCCGUUUCCUCCUCGCCGCCGCCGCCGCCGGCGGCGGCCUCUUCCUCCUCUUCCGCCUCUCUCCGGUCUCGCCGGCGACGGCGGAGGAGAAGGAGCUCCUCCUCGAGUUCAAGGGCGACGUCACCGCCGACCCCGGCGGCGCCCUCGCCUCCUGGUCUGCCGCACCCGGCCGCGACCCCUGCGGCGACUUCGCCGGCGUCACCUGCGGCCCCUCCGACGCCGUCGAGAAGAUCCUUGUCCAAAACGCCUCCCUCGCUGCAUGGACGCUGGAGCGUGUUGAUGGGCCACGCACAACUCCCGUUGCCAAAAAGAGAAAGAGCAUCGCCUCUCUUCUUUCGGCUCUAUCUCUCGGACCUGCCGUAGCAGCCACCGGCCGCCGCACACAGGAAGGGGCCACCCACCGCUGUGAUCGGCCGCCGCCUGUCGCCGCCGACCACAAAGCCGCGACCACAAGCUCCGUCACCGUCCUCUUCAGCCAUUCCACCGCUGCUGCCGAGGAGACCGGUUCACCCUCCCGAAUCGGUCGUGAGGUUGAAGACGAAGUUACGGUAACGGCAAAAAAAAAAAGGGGUACCUGCCUUCUUCCUGUUCAUCUUCCCGUGGCCUCCCCGCCGCAAUCGCCGCCGCACCGUGCAGCCACCGCCGCUCCGCCCCUCGGGUCCCCGCCGUCGCCGAGCCCGUUGUCGCUGCCGGAGUCGUUGUCGCUGAGCGCUGCUACCUCCGAGCGCCUCCUCCACGCGCCGCCUCCUCCGAGGGCCUCCGCCAAGCUCCUCCUCUCCUCCGUCGGCCGCCGCCCAAGACUCCCAACCGCCUCAUCCGCCGUCGGUUCCCUCGCCGUGCCUCCCUUCGGCUGCAUCCCAACCGAGGCACCCCGCCUCCCUCGCCCCGCCGAAGCACCACCGUACGCCCACUUCCGUCGCCGCCCACCGGCCGUCCGCCGCCGGCCGCCGAGUACCCCUUCUCCGCCGCCGGCCGCUGAGUACCCCUUCUCCCCCCCCACCGGCUGUCCGCCGUUCGCCGCCGCCGCCCGCCCCGGCUCUCUCUCACGAGCAUCAACUUCUGCAGAAGCCUGA